GCAUCUACACUCAGAAAUUUGCAUUCAAUGAAAUCGAUGAAUAGCAUGAUUUUGGUGGUUUUAGUUUCAGCUGGGGCUAUAAUUUCCUUAGCUAUGGCAAUGAACGAAAUUCCAGCGAUAUGGUCGCUCAUUCUGCCAUGGCUGAGGCCGCCGUAUCUGCAUAUCGUAAUCAACGGCAUCAUCAUAGCCAUCGCCGUCGCGUCGCGCUUCCGCCGGAUCCAGCCGGCGCCGCCGGUUCGAUCGCAGCAUCUGAUUUCUGUUAAAACUCCUCCGCCGGCGUAUUAUGUGGCUUACUCACCUCCGCCGGAGGUCAGGGAUGUGGUGGAGGUUCCGGAGGCGGCGGCGGUGUACGAGAGAGAAGAUAGGGUUGUGGAGCUGAAACCGGUGAUGGUGAAUGGUUUGGAAGUCGGCGCGGAUGCGGAAGAAAAAAUUGUGGUUGGAGAUGAAGGUCAGGACGACGCAUUGGAUUUGGACGGCAGUACUUUGACGUACAAUAUUCCAUCGCCAGAGAUUUUCUCGCCGGAAUUUCGAUCGGAUUUUUUUCCGCCGGUGGAUCCAACCGGAAACGUUGCUGAAAGAGAGCAGGCGUCAUCACGCGCCAUUCAAGAAGAAGUCCGGCACCGCGGGGCACGGCGGAAAUCGAAGAGCUUCAAAGAGCGGUCGAUUCGCAACGAGUCGCGGCCGAGUCAAAGAAAGUUGAACCGGCUAGUCGAGGCGUCUAAAGACUGGCCAUUGACGCGCAACUCUCUGUCGCCGCAGAAUAAAAUUGGAAACAUUUAUCCAAAAAAGAGUAAUAGUAGUGAUGAAUUAGCAGGAGGAGUUAGGGAGACGGCGGAGGAAGAAUACGAGACGCUGGAGAGUGCGUGGAAGAAGAUAAGGGAGGGGGCGAGUCAGAACGAAUCAGCGUCGAGCUCGGACAUCAGGAAAGAGGUAUCGCCGAGUCAGGACGAGUUGAACCAGCGAGUUGAGGCGUUCAUCAAGAAGGUGAACGACGAAAUUAGAUUGCGAAGGCAGGAUUCGUCCAAUCAGUAUAUACAACUCAACAGUGCGGCCUAGUGUGUGUCUGUGUGUUUCAUUUUUAUCCCUCAACACCAACACCAACAACAGAAAAAAAAAAAAAAAGAGGAGAAAAGAAAUCUUAGAAUAUGUGCUUCGAUCAGUAUUUAGGAUACAGAAGAAACUAACAUAAAUAGUUAUAUUAUAUUGUACAUAGGUCAACCAAAAGUUUUUAUUUUAUUUUAUUUUAUGUAAAUGAGUUUGGUUGAAUGGUUGUUUUGUGCA